UGCUGCUGCUGCUGCUGCUCUUGCACCGAGGCGGCCUGCUCGGAGCUCUACUGCUCGGAGCAGCUCGGUAUAGUCGUGUGCUGUGUCUCUUUCUCUCGGCUGCGGCUGUCACUGGCAGUGUGUCCGUCUGUCUGUGGUGUUUCUCUUUAUACCUUGCCUGCUGCUGCUGCUGAGACAGUCAAAUAUUUACAUCUAUACAUGGCCUGUGCUGCUGCUGCGACUGCUACGAUGGCUCUUAUGUACUGUGAUAAAAGAUAAUAAAUAAUAAGACGCGUGUGCUGCUGCUGCUGAGAAAUCGCGACGAAAAAAACUCCGCCGAGUGUGUGUGUAGUAUACGACGACAACAACGACGACGACGACGACGAUCCAGUAGUUAUGAGCGAGUGUGAAUUCACUAUUGCUUGUGUUGUUGUUGCUGCUGCUGAUGCAGUCAAUACUGCUGUGCGUUAAAAACUUUAGGCUUUAAAUAGUAUACGUAAUAAAUAAGUACGAGUCAGUCGUUUUUUCACCAUAAGAAAGUGUCGGGGUGUCGUUCCCGAAACUUCGGCUGCAAAAUAACGCGACGCAAAAGGAUGAUACACUCCGGGCGCUCCAGGCUCGAGUUAACAUGGGCCUUUCACGACGAGGAAGCCCAAAUCAACAAAAAACUGCCAAAGGAACUGUUACUCAGAAUCCUGUCCUACCUGGACGUGGUGUCGCUAUGCCGCUGCGCCCAGGUGUCGCGCGCCUGGAACGUCCUGGCCCUCGACGGCUCCAACUGGCAGCGCAUCGACCUGUUCGACUUUCAGCGCGACGUCGAGGGCAGCGUCAUCGAGAACAUAUCGCGUCGCUGCGGCGGCUUUCUGCGUCAGCUGUCGCUGCGCGGCUGCCAGAGCAUCGGCAACGGCUCGAUGCGCACCCUGGCCCAGUCCUGUCCCAACAUCGAGGAGCUCAAUCUCAGCCAGUGCAAGAAGAUCUCGGACUCGACGUGCGCCGCGCUCCGACAGCACUGCCCCAAGCUGCAGCGCCUCAAUCUCGACUCGUGUCCGGAGAUCACCGACGCCUCGCUCAAGGAUCUGGCCGAGGGCUGCCGAUUGCUGACCCACGUCAAUCUGUCCUGGUGCGAGCUGCUGACGGACAAGGGCGUGGAGGCGCUGGCCCGAGGCUGUCCCCAGCUCAGGAGCUUUUUGAGCAAGGGCUGUAGACAGCUGACGGAUCGCUCGGUCAAGUGCCUGGCGCGAUUCUGCCCCAAGCUCGAGGCCAUCAAUCUGCACGAGUGCAGGAGCAUAAGCGACGACGCGGUGAGGGAGCUCAGCGAGAGAUGCACGUCGCUGCACUACGUCUGCAUCUCCAACUGUCCGAACCUGACGGACGCGAGCCUGGUCACGCUGGCCCAGCACUGUCCGUACCUGAGCGUGCUCGAGUGCGUCGCCUGCGCCCACUUCACCGACGCCGGCUUCCAGGCCCUCGCCAGGAAUUGCCGACUGCUCGAGAAGAUGGACCUGGAGGAGUGCGUGCUCAUCACCGACGCCACCCUCAUACACCUGGCCAUGGGCUGUCCGCGACUGGAAAAGCUCAGCCUGUCGCACUGCGAGCUCAUCACGGACGAGGGCAUCAGGCAGCUGGCGCUGUCGCCGUGCGCCGCCGAGCACCUGGCCGUGCUCGAGCUCGACAACUGUCCCCUCAUCACCGACGCCAGCCUCGAUCAUCUGCUCCAGGCUUGCCACAAUCUCGAGCGCAUCGAGCUUUACGACUGCCAAUUGAUCACGAGGGGCGGCAUACGUAGACUACGCAAUCAUCUGCCAAACAUAAAAGUACACGCUUACUUCGCUCCGGUGUCACCGCCGCCGAGCGCCGGCGCGACUCGGCAGCGUUACUGUCGAUGCUGCGUCAUUCUGUGAUUCUCCGCGCGCACGACCCGAACUCUUUUCAUACGCGCGCGCGCGAGGGUACAAAAACGUCCUACAAGUAUAACCGAAAUGAAAGGCAAAAAGUAAAAUAAAAUGACGAUAAAAAACAAAAAGUCUGCUCGACGCGGCCACUCAGAGAGACGUCUCGGCCGCGGAUCGACUUUCGUGUUACACGGUCUAUUAUAUAUUGAAAAAAAAAAAGAAAGAAAAAUGUACGAGCUCUUUUAACACACGGACGCGUUACACGGCUGACGCGUAAAUAUUAUUGUAUAAACACAGAGAUUCUAUAUCUGUGCGUGGAUUGUAGUACGCGCGUGUAUCGUGUGAUUCGACCCCCCCUCCUUAUACCCUGCGCUCGAUUGGCGCGGACUCGUGGAAAUAUAUAUAUAUAUAUAAAUAUAAUAUAGCGUUUCAUCCAAUUUUAUGGAUAAUCGGUUUGACAUUCGCGGAUGAGAGAGAUUUCACCUGUUAUUCGUGGCGAGGAGGUGUUUUUUUUUUGUUCUUAAUCGUCCUCUCCCGACAGGCAGAGAGAAUUGCGAAAGGUUCGUAUAUUGUAUCCAUCGAUGCAUGUAGUACGCGAGCGUAUUGUAUCAAUUAUUAUAUUACGUACUUUAAUUUCGUCAGGGAAUAGGCGCGAAUUUUUCGUUCUCGUUGGCGACGAUCGAUUCGAGAAACGACGAGGAACAGACCACGGCAUUGAACGUACAUAUCGAUAAUAUAUUACCGAUAUGAAACUGUGCGAAUGAAAUCCUUUCGUCGCUCGAUCGAUCUUCUUUUUUUUUGUAUGAUUAUUUAAUGAACUUACGUAUCGUGACACGACGAUUUGUAUAUAUAAAACAAAGAGACGCGCUGAGGUGACAUGCUAUUCAUCGCACAAAUUUUCUUCGAGAUAUAAUGAAUUAUUUGUAUUUUAACUUGUAUAUCGAUUCUGAAGAAACAUACGAGAGUUGCGAAAAAAAAAAGAACGAACAUCGGGACAAAUUUUUUUUGUCGAGAAAGUAUAUAUUAUAUUGCGUGCUGUGCUUCGAGCCGAUAUUCCAAUGUCGAUGGAAAUUUAUUAUGCAUUUGAAUACUUUUUUUUUUCUACGUUUAUUGAGGUAUGACUCGCAUAAUGGUAGUAUUCAAUGGAUUACGAUUGUUCAUAUUUUUUAAGCAACCAACAACUGCGUCGUUGAAAUUCGGAGUGUCUUGCACUUCCGAUACUUCGCUUAGAUAUCAAAUUACAGUUGUCCGCUUUGGGCAGAUUUCGCUCCGUUGAUCGAACGAGACGAGUGUACGCCAGUACGCGAGAUUAAAGAAGCCAAUUGACUUGUUGAUAUGUUUUCAGAAUAUUGUCGCUGCUGUGUGCGACUUGUUGCGUUGUGCUCUUCUUAUCUCGCGCGGAAUAAAAUCCAACGCGGCUCCGUGCAAAAUUGAAGAAAAAAAAGUUAGACAUACACUUAACAAGACGUAUGCGUGACUGAAUAUUAUGAUUAACAUACUGUAUGCUCUGAUAUUUCUUUUUUUUAUUAUUAUUAUUUCAUGUAUACAAACGAAUGAUUUUCGUUGACAAUCAAAAGUUUAAUCGUAAACGUUUUAAAGUACGGUUUCGCACUGAAAAAAAAUCAACUUAAUUAAAUGUAUUAAUGACAAAUUUUAACGCGAUCGAGUAUUUUCAUUUUGUACAAACUGUAUUCGUUUGUUUGUUUUUUAUGCAUUUUACGUCUAUAAUUACCAUCUAACUUUUAAUAUUGAAUUAUUCGUGUAAGAGUGUAAUUGGAAGAUCGCAAAUGAAAUCUCAACGUUGUCAAUCGUGAUUCACGCUUGAAAACGCGAACGAAGGAGAUAUGCGAAAAUUUAAGGAAGUAUAACGAAGUGAGCGUAAAAAAAUUGUUAUUAUUUUACAUAAUUAUUGCAUUGUUACAAAACUUGAAUUUUCGUUCGAUUCUAAAGGUAACCUCGGUGCAAAAUACUAAAAAAAAAAACAUAAUUGCUGAGAAAGUAUAUUACAUUGUAGUUAGCGCUCGUAUUACAUUGUAUUUACCGUUUAUAAUUACUUAAAACUUAUAUGCAUCGAAGGACGAAUGCAGAACAACUUGGCAUUUCAUGUAAGCCGAUCAAUUUAGUUUGUACGUUUUCAAUUAAUUUAUCAACGAAUCGUACUACCUAAAGAGGCGUAUUGUAUUAUAUCGAUGGUAGUAGCUGUUGAAUGUAUAAUGCUUUCGAGAACUAAUACGCGAUGAGUUUAGGGGAGUCCUUCUCGAAGCGUCAAGGCUCCCCCAGCAUAAUUGCGAUAAUAUGAUUCUUUUAAUAUUUUUACACGUUUUAAAAUUAUAAUUAUAAAGAAAAAAACAAUGUUAUCCGUACGCUAGAUAUAGUCUCUACGUACGAAUUAUUACAUACGACAAAUAAAUACAGCAAAGAAAACUA